AUGGCAAAAGUACAUCAUCUCUUAACGAUUGUUCUCCUAUUCACGAUUCUACUUGUCAACCCUAUUAACACAUCCCAAGUGAAUUCGGAAGUUUCUAACGAUGACCUUACAGGAUCCUCAAUCGCCUCCGAUGAUAAUGGCCUUACUCGAUCCACAAUUGCCUCCGAUGAAUCUUCAUUGGGAAAACCGGUCGAUCUAGACGAUGUUGAUGAGGAACUAUUUGGCGGUCUUAAGCGUCUUGGAGGUAUUAAGGAUAUUGGUCGCCGUCUUGGAGAUAUUAAGGGUCUUACUCGCGGUCUCACACGUGCAGGACGUCUAUGUCUUAAGAAAUGUAUGAAGACAUGUAUGUUCAAAUGUGGGAUUAAGACUGGAUUUGAAGAUUUGUUAAAAAUUUUGUGA